AGCGAGCUUUGUCCUCCAAGCAUUGGCUUCUCUUGUCAUGCACUAUCAGAGAUUGAGCGCCUGGACCGCCAAAGCAUACAGCGACUCUGCUUUCAUGGAGCAGACUAUAUUUUAGUUUCAGCCAUGGCAAAGGGCAUCAGUGACGGACCCAUUGCCUCGUUUGAUAAUGUUUAAUAACAGGUCCUUUCAUGUUCAUUUCUGUCAGCAGAGCAAGAAGGGUUCAUCUGUAACAAUAGAAGUGUUUAAUACACCAGGGCUCACCGGGAUUUACAGUAGAAGCAGAAGAAAUCUACAAGCAGAUAUGUUACAGACCAGACUUAACGCAGUGGUAGAUUCACUCUAGGCUGAUUGCAAAUAUGUAAGCCAAGAUUAGUUGAAUGGUCUGUUGCAAGUAUUGCAAUAUAUUGUAUUCCUUGUGUGUAAGCUGGUUGAUGCAGGAUAAUACAAGUCAAGUGGGAUCUAAUUUGGUUUCUCUGAAUCAUCACUUUCACUGGUGGUGAAGAAGGUUCUUCGUGAAUGCAGGCAGGUUGUACUUGAGGUUUAUGGCUGUGAGCCACCAUUUUCUACCUUAUUUUCGAACUUAAAAUAUCAAAAGUGUAAAACGGAUGCAUUCUGCAGAUUUACCGGAGCAAAGCAUUUUGCUUUGGGGGAAAAAAAAAUUGCUUUCAAAAAAAAAAAAAAAAAAAAAAAACAGGAACACUGCCUCCAGCUCUCUAAGGCUGGCCCACCCCUUUAUGCAAAUGAGAUUAUUUUUGGUUGGCUGGUGCUGAAUAGAGGUUGCCUCUGAUUGGGAGAGGGGGGUGGGGGUGGCUGAGAUUAUGACAAGCAGGAGGCAGUCUGACAGUAACGAAGUCAAGAGGAGAACAGAGGAAGACGGGCAGGCAGGAGCAGUAUGCAAGGCAUUCGCCCCCCCAUUCUGAACGGGCCGCUGCACCCGCGCCCCCUGGUGGCGCUGCUGGAUGGGCGCGACUGCACCGUGGAGAUGCCCGUCCUCAAGGACGUGGCGACCGUGGCGUUCUGCGACGCCCAGUCCACCCAGGAAAUACACGAGAAGGUGCUGAACGAGGCGGUGGGGGCGCUCAUGUACCACACCAUCACGCUCUCGCGGGACGACCUGGACAAGUUCAAGGGGCUGCGCAUCAUCGUGCGAAUCGGCAGCGGGUACGACAACGUGGACAUCAAGGCCGCAGCUGAACUAGGCAUCGCGGUGUGCAACGUCCCGGCGUCCUCUGUGGAGGAGACGGCGGACACGGCGCUCUGCCUCAUCCUGAACCUGUACCGCCGGGUCACCUGGAUGCACCAGGCGCUGCGCGAGGGCACGCGCGCCUCCAGCGUGGAGCAGAUCCGCGAGGUCGCCGGGGGCGCCGCCCGGAUCCGCGGGGAGACGCUCGGCAUCAUCGGCCUGGGCCGGACGGGCCAGGCGGUGGCGCUGCGGGCCAAGGUGUUCGGCUUCAGCGUGAUCUUCUACGACCCGUACCUGCCGGACGGCGUGGAGCGGUCCCUGGGGCUGCAGCGCAUGCCCACCCUGCAGGACCUGCUCAUGCACUCGGACUGCGUCUCCCUCCACUGCAGCCUGAACGAGCACAACCACCACCUCAUCAACGACUUCACCAUCAAACAGAUGCGUCAGGGGGCGUUCCUGGUGAACACGGCUCGGGGGGGGCUGGUGGAUGAGAAGGCCCUGGCACAGGCCCUGAAGGAGGGCCGGAUACGGGGGGCCGCCCUGGACGUCCACGAGGCGGAGCCCUUCAGCUUCUCCCAGGGUGUGCUGAAGGACGCUCCUAACCUCAUCUGCACGCCGCACUCAGCCUGGUACAGCGAGCAGGCGUCUGUGGAGGCCCGAGAGGAGGCGGCCAGGGAGGUCCGCCGAGCCAUUACAGGACGCAUCCCUGACAGCCUGAAGAACUGCGUCAACAAGGAGUACCUGCUGGCCACGCCUCAGUGGCCGGGCAUGGACCCGUCCUCCGUCCACAGCGAGCUGAACGGAGCUACCGCUUACAGGUUCUCUGCAGGUCUUGUUGGCGUCACAGCGGGUGGGCUGUCUGGAGCUGGGGCAGCAGUGGAAGGGAUCGUUUCGGGGUCCCUGCCGAUGGCUCACGGCAUCGCCCCGGUGUCCCGCCCCCCUCACACCCCAUCGCCGGGCCAACCCUCGAAGGCGGAGACAGACCGGGACAUCCCAGCUGACCAAUAACACCCCCCCUUCCCCACUUAAAAAAAAAAAAACAAACAUCCAAUAGCACCUCCACAUUCCGUCACCCGCGGAAACACCCUCCAACUUUUUCACGAGCAGAUUGACUCUGGCGUCCUGGUCCGAUCUCGUCCAAUUCUGUUCCAGUCCCACAGAACCAAACAGGACACAUCUCAGGAGGGACCAGUCAGAUGUCUCUCCUUCCAUCGUUCCUCUCUUUCACUCUCUGUCUCUCUCUCUCUCUGUCACACUCCCUUUUUCAUUCCCUUUUCUUUUUCUCUCCGUGUCGUAAGCAAUAACCGUCCUCUCAAGGAUCCGGCUGUUUCCAGUUUCGCCUUCGUCUUUCUAUCUGUCUCAAGGCGUUCCUUUCUGUCUACCUGAUGUGAGACUCGUCUCUUUAUGAACUCAGUGUAGUUUUCUCAGCAGUGCAUUUGGAACUACUGAUAGGACUGGGCAAGAUUAGGCACAUGGCAGAAUAUCCCCCCCCCCCCCCCCAUUCAAAACCCGAUGCAGAAAAAGACAAAAAUAAAAUGAUAAUCCGAUUGGAUGCGUGGCACUACAUAAGUUUAGAGCUUUUGUAAUUUCUUGCCAGGGAGUUGGAAUUAAAGAUCAUUUCUAACGAUGUGUAAGAAUGGUGAGGUGAACCUGUGCACCACCACCUGUUAGCUUCCUGCAGCUGUGUACACUUCUACCCCUCUCAUUUCUCUCUCUCUCUGUCUGACUGAGUGGACGCCCCGCCCACUCGAUUUGUUUCCUCGCGGAGCACCACAGGCCAAACGGGGACUGUUCUACACGGUCCCGUCUUCUGACACCCCCACUCCGGCUCAGUCAGGCACCGUCCCAGGUCUGUUCCUCCACCGCGUUUCGCUGCACUGGCAGCUAACUGACAUGUGCUGGAGAAGAGUGGCUUCACCAGGGAUGGGAUGGGAUGUGUGGUUGAGGCCAGCAGGUGGCGCCCCUCAUUUAUUUUCAGCCUGCGAAUGGCAGCACAGCUCUGACAGGUAGAGCAAGGCAGGUCUCUAUGGUGCCUGCUCACACAGCAGCCUCUGAGGCUACAGCAGGGACACGCGGCACCGUCCGUCAACAUAGCCACCUUCCAAAGAUUAGGGUUUACUUCUCUUCAGAUACACACUCGCUCUCUCCCUCUCUUUCCAUCUUCUCUUUCUCUUUCCCUCGCCACCUCCCCCCUCCCCCCCCCCCCCCCCACAUGUCCUUAAAGCCACGUCCGACCUUGUGACCCGGCGGAACUCUGCGACGUCGCCCUGGCAACGCACGCGAGUUCUGGAGCUAGCGAGCGCUUCGGGCAGCCAGUUGCACAGGUGACGCCGGUUAAGCCGUCUGAGCAGCACGUGGUCCAAUCCUGGGAACCCCCCUCCCCCCACCCCCCCGACUUGAAGUGCACCAUCAUCUUCUUUUUAUUUUUUGUUUUUCCAUUUUUACCAAAGGGGAACAGAUUCUGGGAACUCUCUACGACUCUACUGUGAAUGCUGUCCUGCAACAAAGGAAUUCCUUUCUAGUACCUCAUUAACAGAUAUUGAAUGUACGCGGAACUUUUUUCCUCUAUGUACAGUUUUUUAGAUACUUCAGAGUUCUUUACAAGGAAAGAUGAUGAUCAAACUGGUGACAAUAGUGCUGGUAACCAUCCCUGUUUAAGAAAAAAAAAAAAGACUACAGCUUACUCUUUUUAAAUACAACAUCCUUGGGUGAUUUCACCGGUGAUCGAGACUCAGGCUUUAAACUAAUGAUUUUUUUUUUUCCCUUUCCCCACCUCUCUAUUUUUGUCAUUUGAUCUUUUUGUCAUUAAAAUUUCACCUGAUUUAAAACAAAAGCAAAAAAAGACAAAAAAAAUGUUCUCCCCUGUUUCUCUGUGGUAGUGUCCUGAUUGUGGUCUCUUUUGUAUCAACAGGGUGGUCCCAUUGCUUGUUUUUGUGGGCAGGUGGCAUUUUGCAUGUUAGAGGAUAGAGGACAGUGCCACCUACCGGUGGGAGGGAGGGAGUGAGUGGGGGAGGAAAGCACCUCGUUCCCUAACUUUUUUUCUGUAGCAUUAAUUUUCCCACCUCAGUCUCCGGUUUCUUUUUUUACUUGAGGGCACCGUGUCUGAUUCUGGUAAAAUAAAUCGGCAAGUGAAACUUCAAUCAGCUUUUAUAAAGUGGACACUAAAGAUGCGUUCUUUUUUCUGCCAAGGUGGCGGCGUUGAAGGAGGUCGUGUCCUAUUAGCACACAUUUAAAUAAACGAUGAGAAAAAACGUGUCUGGGUCAGCUAGGUGCAAUGAGAUCAAAGUACUUUUUGAUCUUGUUUUAUCUAUUUUUAUGCGUGUGAUAUAAGGUUGUACCAAUUAAGGCUUUUGUAUGUAAUUGAAUAUGGAAAUGCUUUAGAAACAUCGGGAGUGUUGACAGAACGGUGGACCACCCAUCUUCCCCACGUUUGAUUUUUGUCUCCUCGUUUGCCACCUCCUGUUCAGUCUACUUGUAGUCAAUGUGUGGGGUUUCACAAAAUUCUGUGUAGUUGUGUCCUUUACUGUACGUGUGCAUUUUUUUGUUUCUGGACUGUUUUUCCUGUUGAGCUGUCCGUGUCACAUUUUGCCUCGUUUCUGAAACCCCCCCCCCCCCCCCCCCAAUUUCAGACACCAGUAUAUCGGUGUAUUACUGGUCUUUUGUAAUAUUGCAUUAUGAUGAAAUUGGUGCGGUGUCUUGUGAAUAGUUAUGUGUAUGAAUAUAUAGGUCUUAUUUCUUUCUUUUUUGCUUUUUUUUUGGUGUUUAACAUGUAACAAGACAUUUCAGCCCCUCAUGUUUGUAACUUGUUUUUUAUUCUUUGUAUCAUUUCACUGUCUUUCGGUAGCAUCUGUGUUUGCAUUGAUUUUUAUUUAGGACUUUGAACCUUAUGAAACGGAACAUGUAAAUACAAACUGACCGAGGGGGGAACAGGAAACGGCAACUCGCCACAACUCGCGAGUGCUGCCUGGUGAUGGAAUAUUGCGUCUCGGGCCAUGCGCGUCAUCGCCCUGUGUUUCAGCAGCGUAGCGGGCGACUCGCGCGUGUCCGUGCCUGACAGCAGCGGUGCAGAAACCGCGCGCGGAUCGGUCUGCGUUUAAUACCGACUCCGACGCUGUCUGCGCAUGUUCCGCUGCACUUAGCAAAAGAGAACGGGUGAACCUGCGCGUGCUUUUUCUGGUUCCCUAAAUUCCCAGUCCGGCCAAUUAAAAAAAAUAUCCCGACGGUUAGUUUAUGGGCUAUGCAAUCCCUUCAAUCUCCUACUCACAUUUCCCCCGGUCCUCUCUGUAAAGAAAUGAGUUCUUAGUAGACCUUCCUCUUUGUAAAUGAAGGUGAAAGUGACGUUUUUUUUUUUUUUUUUAAAUGUCCAGACUUUUUAAAAGACCAUUGUGUUGACUGUCCAGCAGAUUGUUUGAAUCCCCUCUAGGUGGGUAUUGGUAGAUUAGUAUCUUCUCUCCACUGUAGUCUCUUGUGUGUGCAUACUAGGGUUUCUCAUUUUUUCCUUGUUUAAUAAUAUAUGUGGCACUGACAUCUUAACAGUAGUGGGACUGAUGAACCAGGUAGUAUUGAUUCAGAUUUAUGGCUUGAUUUAUGUGAAGUUGGAAAUCCGGAAAUGUAUUUUUUCAACAUUUAAAUGUGGCGUGAUUUUCCCCUCUACACCCCAUCCCCCCCCCCCCUUUUUAAUUUUCAUUUUUAACACCACACUGCAAACAUUUGGAGAAGAAAACCUGUUUCCCGUGUAAUUAGGCGCUUUAAAGGUUUGUUUUUUUUUUCUUUUGUUCUGUUUUAUUGUUUUUGUCGUUUACUUUUUUUUUAUUAGAAUCAAUCUUGUUUGUGAUGGUAUCUUCCGCUAUAAAGUAUUUUAAUAAAAUCUUAUGAGGAAA